AAUAGCAAUGUGUGUUGUCACCGUCGUAACUCGUUUGUUGCAGCUGAGCAGUGAGUAUCGAGUAGCGAAUCAAUCAAAUUGGAGCUACGAACAUGGCCGCGAGCGAUCGCACAGUAUUGCAGUUUUCUUCUUCGUCCUCUUCUUCGACGAGCUUGUCUGCGAGGGUGCACCCUCUGGUUGUGUUCAACAUCUGCGAUUGCUACGUUCGGCGCCCCGACCAAGCUGAGCGCGUCAUUGGAACCCUACUCGGCUCCGUCCUCCCCGAUGGCACCGUCGAUAUUCGCAACUCCUACGCCGUUCCUCAUAAUGAGUCCGUCGAUCAGGUUGCCCUGGAUAUUGAGUAUCACCACAACAUGUUAAUAUCCCACCAAAAAGUGAAUCCAAAGGAAGUCAUAGUUGGAUGGUAUUCAACUGGUCUUGGAGUUACUGGUGGUAGUGCAUUGAUCCAUGAAUUUUAUUCUAGAGAAGUACCCAAUCCCAUACAUUUGACUGUUGAUACUGGAUUCACAAAUGGAGAGGGUACCAUAAAGGCAUAUGUUUCAAACAAUUUAUCUCUCGGAGACCGCCAAAUUGCUGCACAGUUUCAAGAAAUUCCAUUGGAUCUUCGUAUGGUUGAGGCUGAGCGAGUUGGAUUUGAUACUCUGAAGUCAACCAACGUUGACAAAAUUCCCUCUGAUUUAGAAGGGAUGGAAAUGUCAAUGCAACAUCUACUAGACUUGAUCGAUGACAUGUACAGAUAUGUUGAUGAUGUUGUGGAAGGGCGUGUUGCUCCAGACAAUAAAAUUGGGCGAUAUAUAUCAGAUGCUGUAGGCUCCCUUCCCAAAUUACCCCCAGAUGCUUUUGAUAAGCUUAUUAAUGACAGCUUGCAGGAUCACUUGCUCUUGUUAUAUUUAUCUAGCAUCACAAGGACACAGCUUAGCUUGGCCGAAAAAUUGAACACGGCUGCUCAAAUUCUGUGAUUUUUACGUUUUUCGAAUCAACAAGCUCUUUAUUUUUGCCCCUGAAAAGGUGCCCGUUGUUGUUAUUUUCUAGUUAACUCCGAAUAUCAGAAUUUUAUAAUGUACUUUUGGUUAGGUUUCAUUUAUUUUGUCAGAGGCCAUAGUGUAGCCUUCACUUAUGAAAUGUCAUGUAAUCUGUUAUACUUGAAAGAAAAUGAGCGAUAUACUUUCCUUUGCAA